UUUUGUCAUCAUUGUUUCUUAUUUUGCCAUCGUUGUCUUGUUAUUAAAAAAAAAUGGUCAUGGUUAUUUGCUAUCAUUGUCUUCUCCGUCUAUAAACAUAGAAAAGGAUCAUAUGCAACUUUACAUUACAUUUGCUCUUAAAAAGAACAUCAUCAUUUGAGAAUAACUAAAUAGUUGUGAAAAUGGAGGAGGUUACAAACAAGUACAUAGCCAUCAAAGCUAAAGUUGAUGGUAUACCAAAAGAGAGUGAUUUCGAGGUCAAAACAGAACAGUUUUCGCUAUCGGUUAAGCCGGGAUCCAAUGAUAUCAUUAUAAAAAAUCUGUAUGUAUCGAUUGACCCAUAUCAGAUUAACCGAAUGAAGACUGCUAGUGCUUCUCAGAAAACUUCAAACUAUGCUGUUGCUAUUGCUCCUGGUGAGGUGAUUGAUGCAUAUGGUGUGGGGAAAGUAGUAGCUUCUGGUAAUCCACAAUUUGAAAAGGGGGAUUAUGUUGUGGGCAUGAUAAGUUGGGGAGAGUAUAGCAUAUCACAAGGCUUAAUUCUAAGCAAAUUGGAUCCAAUGGGCUUACCAUUGUCAUACCAUGUUGGGGUUCUAGGGUUUAGUGGGCUUACAGCAUAUGCUGGGUUUUUUGAAGUAUGUAAGCCAAAGAAGGGUGAAAAGGUCUUUGUAUCUGCUGCUUCUGGAUCUGUAGGAAAUUUGGUAGGCCAAUAUGCUAAAAGCUUGGGAUGUUAUGUUGUGGGUUGUGCUGGAAGCACAAAAAAGGUAGAACUGCUAAAGGAAACACUGGGGUUUGAUGAAGCAUUUAACUAUAAAGAAGAAACCGAUCUACACUCAACGCUAGAAAGGUAUUUUCCUGAGGGGAUUGACAUAUAUUUUGAUAAUGUGGGAGCCGAGAUGUUAGAUGCAGCCGUAUCAAAUAUGAAUUUGUAUGGAAGAAUUGCAGUUUGUGGGGUUAUAUCGGAAUACCUGGAUGCUGGAAAACGUGCUGCACCAGAUAUGCUAAGUGUCAUAUACAAGAGAAUCAACAUUCGGGGUUUCUUAGCAGGUGAUUACAUGAAUUUGUUUCCUGAGUUUGUCUCCACGACAGUUGAUCACAUUCAAACGGGCAAAAUCCAUGUUCUUGAAGAUGUCUCAAGUGGUAUAGAAUCUAUUCCUUCAGCUUUUCUCGGGCUCUUUAGUGGCUCUAAUGUUGGCAAGAAAAUAGUUAAACUUUCUGAUGAAUAAGGACACACAGAACAGCUUCUGUUUCGUGAUUGAGUCUGGUUCUAUGUUGGGAGAAAAAAGCAUUCUAUGCUCUUUUAGGACCGUUUAAAUAAUUAUUUAAUACUAGACUAUGAACACUUUUUUUUUUGAAUGUUACUAUGAACACUAUUUAAAUUCCAAAUCUGAGUAAGCAAAUUCCAGGUUUGUUUGGUUCAGUUCAAUGGCA